AUGUUUGAUCAGUCAACAUCUUCUACAUAUCUAUCUCUAAAUGAAAAAAUUAUUCAAUUCCAACAACAAACAAGAUGUUAUUCUAAUACUAAACGACCAACAAAAAAAUGUGCAUUUGAUAUUAAUUCACUUUUAAAACCAACACCUAUGAAUUCAAGUUAUAUUGAUGAUACUGAAGAUGGUUCAAGUGAUGAUGGUCAUGUACAAUUAUCAUCAUCAUUUGAAUCUAAACAAUCAAUAGUUGAAAAUUUAAAUCCAAAAAUAAAAUCAAAACGUAUUCGAACAAUAUUUACCACAGAACAACUUGACCGACUUGAAAUAGAAUUUCAAAAACAACAAUAUAUGGUUGGUAAUGAACGUUUAUAUUUAGUACAACUACUUAAUUUAAGUGAAGCACAAGUUAAAGUAGUGUUAAUUUUUUUCUGUUGACAUAUUUUACUAUCAAUUAAAAGUUGUUUGUUGGCUUUUUUAUUAAGAUUUAGUUUCAAAAUCGUCGUAUUAAAUGGCGUCGUCAAGUACUUGAUAAUCAUCAACAAUGAAUUGCAUUAUAUAAUUGAAUAAAAUUUGCAAAUAAAACUCUUUUCUUUUUGUUUCUAUUGACUUUUUUUUCAUGUGUUAAACUAAUAAAUUGUUUUUUUCCAUAUCCUAUAAAUGUGCAUCGUUUUUUCGAUAUUGUUUACCUGCUGAUGGAAUCAGUCAAUUCACACAUUAUUGUCAGUAAAUAAAUUCGCAUGUUUAUGUGUGAGUAUUCUCAUCAAAUGAGAAGGAAAGUGAGAGAAACGAUCAUUGUUAUUAUUAUUAUUUCUAAACUUGUGACACCUUCGAUGAUUCUUUCAAACAAAAAUAGGUUAAUGUUACUAACAUUUUAGAAAUUUAUAUACUAAAUAAAACUAUAGAAUAGAGAUUGAUCGUUUCUUAGUAAGAUAUACGAACUAAAAUCAUUAGAUCAAUAAUGAAGAAAAGCUUUAUUCGUGGAUUCGAUCUUUGAUAUUUUGAACUGCGAAAAAUUUAAAAGAAAAAUCCAUUUUAUUAAAUAGUCUUUGUUUGUUGUUUUGGUAAAAGUUCUGUUGAUUUCAAUCAUUGAUAUUGAUGAAUAGUACUUAGUAACUAAAGUUUCAUAAAAGUUUCUAUAAUUUUAAGAAAGGCUCAAAAUUCAUUUUUUUCUGUUAUUUUUUAUGGAAACAUUAUUUUUUUGAUUUCUGCAAGAUUGAUGUAUCAUGAUCAAAAAUUUUCGAUUUUUCCUGAGAUCCUAUCCUUGGAUAACUAUCAAUUAGUUGCAUUUUCGCAAAAAUAAUGCUCUAUAUCAAUUACUAUUUGGAUUCUUAUCAUCGGUUACGAAUGUAGGAAAAAAUUGAAAAGCAAACUAGGUGAAUCAUUUUUGGAAGUUACUGUAUAUGGAAGAGAUUCAACUAAAAUGAAACUAUAUAUAAAAGUAUCUAUAUAUAUAAUGUUCAGUGUGUGUGUGUGUGUCUGUCUGUCUGUGUGUCUGCGCCGGGUCAAAGGUCAAAGGUCAAGGAUCAAAGGUCACAAAAGGCUAUAAGGGGAGAUCUCCAGGGCCUAUUUAUGGGGACUUAUAGGUCCCCAAGGGCUAUCCUAUGGGGGACUCAUAGAUCCCCAAGGGCUAUUAUGUGGGGAUACCCAUAGGUCCUCAAGGGUCAUCCUAGGGGGUACCCAUAGGUCCUCAAGGGUCAUCCUAGGGGGUACCCAUAGGUCGUCAAGGGCUAUCCUAUGGGGAUACUCAUAGGUCCUCAAGGCCCAUCCUAUGGCGGUACCCAUAGGUCCUCAAGGGCCAUCCUAUGGGGGUACCCAUAGGUCCCCAAGGACUAUUAUGUGGGGGCACCUGUAGGUCCCCAAGGGAUAUCCUAGGGGG